AUGUCUUCGGCUGUAUCAAGAGCAAAAACUCGUAGACAAGAAGCUAAUUUAACACCAAGAGCUCAGAUUCUUCCAAACUCUGUUCCAUCAUCCGCAAAUCAUCACAACAACAACCAUAAUCAUAACAACAACAAUAAUAUGAAUAAUCAUAACAAUAAUAUCAAUAACAACAAUCAUCCUCCAAUAUCUUCUGGUCCAAAUUCAUACAAACCAAUCGAGCAAGUGGUUUAUGAUGAAAUUGCCAGUAGACAUAUGCAUGAUCGAAUGUUAUUUCUAUUUUCUAAUUUAGUCGGUAUGAAUGUCGUCGUCACUUUAAAAAGUGGUGUAAAAUAUCAAGGAUUUUUCAGGACGGCUUGCACAGAUGGUGAAAUGGGUGUGGUAUUAAGAUUAGCCAGGAGGAUUUUAUCCAAAAACGAAGAAAAAACUACUCCAAAUCCUGCAAAAGAAUCUUUUAUCAUAUUGGCAAAAGAUCUUAUGGACAUACAUGCUACAAAUGUUGACUUUUCUGCAUCAGAAAGACCAAGUUUUGAACGUGAUACUUUUCGAACUGAUUCUGAUAUAACUGAUCGCACAGAAAUCAGAGAAAGAGAACUUCAUAAAUGGACUCCUGAUGAAUCAGGAGAAAAUAUUUUAGAAAAUGGUGAUAAUAGUUGGGAUCAAUUUGAAGUGAAUAGACAAUUAUUUGGUAUAACCACUGAUUUCAAUGAAGAAAUUUAUACCACAAAAUUAGAUCGAUCAAAGCCUGAUUUUAAAGAACGAGAAAAGGCUGCUAUUGCCCUUGCAAAUGAAAUUAACAGAACUACUACUACAAACGUUCAUAUGUUGGAAGAACGUGGUCAUAUCAUAGAUGAAAGUCAAAUUGACGAAGAACAACUUUAUGGUGCUGUGGCUCGUCGUGAUCCAAGUAAAUACAUGCCACCUGCAAUUCAAGAAAUAAAGCCAUCAUCACCUGAUAACAACAAUAACAAGUCAGAACCUUUAAGCAACGGGACCACAACCACGACAGUAACCAAUACAACUGCUGCCACAAAUAAAUCAACCACGCCUGUACAAAAAGUUAAUAGUUUGGCUAAAUUCCGUAUAACAGAACCAAUUGAAGUUUUACUUACUAAGGGGAAAAAAAUCGAAACACAAAUGGAAACACAAAUUGUCAAAACAUUCCGACAAUUUGCAAAUAACGAAAAAGAAAGGCUUCAACAAAGAAAACAAGCUAUAUUCAAAAAAGAAAUGGAUGGAAAAUUAAAUUCACCAUUACCACAAGAUCUUAUACCAAUUUUGACAAAUGAUGAAUCUAAGCGUCAAAAACUUGCAGCUAAAUCUGUAACUACAAACAAUGAAAAAACAAAAGAUAAGGCACUAGAUAGAGAUAAAUCAUCCAAAGAUAAAAUAACCGCAUCCAAGAUUUCAGAUUUAAAAUCAAAACCAGAAAUCAAAUUUGAAGAUGAUAAAUCGCAAAAAUCAUUUUCUCAACCAGAGUCAAAAACAUUAAUAAAUAGUGAUAAUAAAUCAUCAUCAACAACAUCACCAAUGAUAACGACAUCAACUGAUAAAUCAAUUUCUGCGUCAGAAUGGAAACCAAAUCCUAAUGCGGCAAGUUUCACUCCGGUAUGGAAUUCAGCAACACUUAAAGAAGGGUUUAGUCCUUUUCAUAAAGGAAAACCAUUAGUAAAUCCAAGUUCAAUUGCACCAAUUUGGAAUUAUGGUUCAAGACCAUUCAGACACCACUUUGUCACAUCUAAUUAUGAUGAAGAAAUAUAUUCUCAAGCAACGGUCAAUCCAGGUUAUGGAUUCACAAGUUAUCCUGUUGCACCACCUUUCCGAUAUCCAAAUGCAGCACAAUAUGGUGUAGUUCCACAGAUGCCUUUACAACAACCUACACCUAUGCCAUAUAUGCAACAAGGGUUUGUACCUGGUGUAUCAUUUCCUACGCCACCAAUUCCGCAAAAUGGUGCCCCUCCUAUUUAUAAUCAAAUGCAAACAAUCGUUCCACGAUUUCCAUCUCCAGGACGUACACCAAUGGUUCCAGCUGGAAUGCAUCCACAAAUAUAUCAGCCAUAUCAAAACCCACAUGCAAUGCCACAAAUGAUGAGAUAUCCACAUGAAAUGGUACCUCAAGUACCACCAAAUGGUGUAAUUAUGGGACAAAGGCCUAUGAUGAUGGAGCCUCAUUAUGUACCACAACCUGAAAAUAAUCAGAUGGGUAAAUUAAAAAAUUAA